AUGCCGAUUCCCUUCGUCCUCGUGUGUGACUUGCUAGACGAGUGCCACCGGCUUUGCAUCGCGAACAAACCCAACACACAGGCUGUGGUCGAUUGGUUUGCACGGCAUCGCGGCCGGCUCGACGCGCAUGAUACAGACCUGGCUGCCUUGCUCUCUACUUUGCUACCUGAAAAACGGACAGACCGAGUUUACUGUAUCAAAGCGCCAACUUUGGAGAAGAUUAUCGGGAGAGCUUUGAUGCUUGGAUCGUCCCGAAUCGUCGAGCUUGCCUUGUACAAACAACCUGGACAGUGCACCGACCUUGCAGAUUGUGCUGAACGCAUUCUUAAUACUACUCCCAACCCUACUUGCAAUGAAAAACUGCGAAUCAGCGUGGAAGAAAUCGACGAGGUUCUGCACAGCUUGGCAUCCAGGAUCAAAUGGAGCUCCCCAUCUAUUCGGAAGUCCCAGGCCGCCCUGACUCCACGUGGUAGAUGUGAUCUGGAGGAUGUCUAUCGUCGUCUCACUGCGUGCGAGGCGAAGUGGUUUACAAGACUUGUUCUGAAGGACUACCAGCCGCUUAUUUUGGAUUCUCAACUUGUGUACCGCUGCUGCAAUUCAACCCUGCCCCUAAUCCUCAAAGCGCAGGACGACUUUGCAACUGCUAUCCAAACACUACAAUCGGCCAAGGGCAACAUGCUGCCCAAUUCUACAAGGAGCACCUCACGGAGGGAUCAGAUUCUGGCGGUGGUUAAACCAAAAUUGGGAGUCAAAGUAGGGAGACAAAAUUGGUUCAAGGGCCGCAGUAUCAAACAUUGCCUGGAUAUGGGGCACGGACGCAUGAGCGUUGAGCAAAAGAUUGACGGGGAGUAUUGCCAAAUACAUGUUGAUCUAACGAGUGGGAAACCCCGAGUUCAGAUUUUCUCCAAGAGCGGCAAAGACAGCACUGAGGAUAGACACAAACUACAUGGAGUGAUUAUCAAAUCUCUUGGUCUCGGCACGUCAACUUGCAAUGUGCGGAAAAGCUGUAUUCUCGAAGGAGAACUGGUUGUGCACAAUGAUGUGGAAAAUAAGAUUCUACCGUUUCAUAAAAUCAGGAACCAUGUAACACGACGAGGUCGGCUCAUGGAUGUGGACCUGGACUCACCGCCACGCUCGUACGAGAACUUGAUGAUUGUGUACUACGACAUUCUCCUCUACGAUGACCAAUCGUUGCUAGGCGUUCGCCACUCGGAAAGAUUCAAAAUCUUACAAAAGACAAUCGACUGUGAGAGAGGCCGGGCAGAAUUGGUGAAACGAACUCUUGUCGACUUCCACCGCCCGACUGCAGCAUCAGAGCUGCGAAAGGCAUUCGCUAGUGUCAUCACUGACAAAGGGGAAGGUUUGGUACUCAAGCCAGACGACCCUUACUUUAACUUUCAAGCCAAUGGUGGUCGGAAUUCGGGUCUAUGCAUCAAGCUCAAAAAAGAAUACAUUGGCAACUUCGGCGACGUGGGAGACUUCGCUGUUGUCGGCGCAGGCUUCAACCCUACAAAGGCAAAAUCUUACCGCAUACCCAAACUUCAAUGGACCAUUUUUUAUGUGGGCUGCUUGAACAACAAGGAAGAAGUCAAACGGUGGAAUGCCAAGCCAGAGUUUACCGUCGUCAGUGCUGUGGAGCUUACAGAACCGCUUCUCAAGACCUUCAUAUCUCACUGCAAUCCUGUGUCGGUACCGUUACACAAGAACGAUGCAACAAGGUUGCAUAUCCCAAAGGGAAUCGAGGCCAACGCCGCUUUGACUGCAGUAUUUCAAAAUCCUGCAGUAUUCGACUUAAGGUGCUUCAGCUUUGACAAACCGGGGAAUAUGGGCUUUUGGACGCUAAGAUUCCCUGUCGUGUCCAAGAUUCACUUUGACAGGGACUAUUCGGACGCAGUCACCUUUGAUGAACUGCAAGAGAUGGCCAAAGUUGCAAGGGCAACACCGGACCUGGAAGAUAGUCAAGAGAACCUUCAAUGGAUUGCGAAGCUGGAGGGGGCCGAUCCUAGAGGGCGUGCGGUUGAUGCUGUCAGUCAACUGACAGCCACAACAAUUCCCACCCCUUCACCUUGCAGCUCUAGACCACCUUUGUCACCAAUAAUCCAGCGACAAAAAAGCAGAAGUCCGGAAGUCGUGAGGGCCUAUCGGAUGAGUCAAAAAUCAGCUGAUAUGCCAACUGCCUCGCUCACCACGCCUCCUCCUUCUUCUCCGGCAGAAGAAGAGGCCCGAACACCAAAAAGGGGGAGCAAACGAAAGUGCCCUACAUCGUUUUCGCCUACCGCAGCGCCGGCACUACAAACGCAUCUCUUAAUGACGACCCGGUUGUCACCAAUAGCGGCAACCAAGAAGUUGCGCAAACCUUUGGAUGAUGUUGAUGCUAAUGUCCUGCAGCAGUCUGCAACACCGAACUCGUCGUUUGCUGAAGACGGUGGGACAGAUCAAUGCGUUGGGUUAACCAAAUCCCCACCACUGAUACAUGAAACGCAAGAGAAUGAAGCCCUUGGUACACCUGAUGAAGGGAAUAAUCCUACAAAGAGUGAUAUUAGGUGUACGCCAAUAACUAUUUCUUCCGACGAAACAUCUCAGGCGACAGACAUAUCACCCAAAGUCAAAAACGGGUGCAAGUUUGCUGCAAAAGAGUGCCAUCUAUUCAAGCACACGAUCCUGCUUGCUUCAAGGGCCCUUGGACCCUCAUCGGAGCGGACCACUUUGUUAGAUGACCACGGUGCAUCUGAGUUUGCAACAUCAUUAGACGACUGGUUGCAAGAAAAUAACUAUGGUGCUACGUUGGGUAACAAGUCUCCCCGGAUAAUCAUCCUGGUCGAUACUGUGGACAAGGCCAGCGAGACCAAACUUGUGCUGGCUGAAGUUGAACGAGCUCGAAAGGAAUUACCCCGAAAAACGCGUGGUUGGAUAGCUGUAUAUGAUUGGCGAAUGUUGGAGCACCUCAAGGUCAUGGAAGACGAGAACACAAAGAAGAAGUACUAUGAUGGGUUUCAUGACCCGUGGCGGAGGUGGUACUGUGGAAUUGUAUAG